CUCUAAACAAUCACCAUGAGCACUUCAGAUAGGUGCGGGCUUCACAGAGAGUAGCAGCUUCACUGAGAGGUUGUUGGUCGGGGGAAAUGAGCACUCUGGAGGACAUCCCCUUUCAGACUCUGCUGGGUCCACUGCAGGAGGAAGUGAAGGAGGUGACGGCUCCAGACAUCACCAUACCAGACUGCCCUCAGAUACUACGAGACACUGAGUAUAAAUUCAACCUGGAGAAAUUGAUCUUAACCGGGCAGCAGCCAGUCUGUGAGGCCCCUUCCUGCCCACCUUACUGGCUGAUGUUCAGCAGCCCCCAGGAGAGCCACAGGGCCAAUCGCAGGAGCCAUGAAAAGUGGGCCCCUCGACCCCGCAGUAACAGCCUGAACUCUGCAGACACCCGCUGGCACCAUCGCACCGUCAGGUUCCUCAUCUCUGACUCUGAGGAGGAAGAUAGUUACCAUGAGGAUAAUGAAGGCCCUCCUUUCUCCAUAAUGAGCAGAGAGCGGCCCCGGAGUGCUGCACCCAAAGUGCCCCUCUCGAGAGUUAAAGACACACAGCCUGCUGCUUCCACUUCCCAGAAGAACAGCAAGAAGAGGCAGCGCUCACUGGGGAGAAGAUACUCCCAGACCACACAACCUGCUCCAUCUACACCCAGGCAGCAGAGACCCUCCUCUGCUGGGGCCCUUGUCAAAAACUGCAGACAGGCCCAGAGGAAAGAAGGCUCUCGUGGGGUUUUCUUUGACUCUGCAGCAGAGCUGUUGUCAGCACUCAGUCAGGAGGAGAGGGAGCUCCUGGGAACCAUCACUGAGAGGGGCUUCCCUUUACACACUGCUAUCCUGGCUCUGCAGAGGACAGGCUACCACAGCCCAGAGAAGCUCCUAAAAUACCUGGUAGCCAGUGAGCGUCUGUGUGCUCUGGGUCACGAUGAGGCUCAGGUGGAGGAGGCCUUGGAGAUGUUUCAGAACUGUGAGAGCAAGGCUGCUGAGUUCCUGCGCCUUCUGACUCAGUUUAAUGAGAUGGGCUUCAAGCAAAGUGCAAUCAAAGAAGUGCUGCUUGUUCAUGAAAAUCACAGAGAGAGGGCUCUUGAAGAACUCAUGACACGCAUGACUUAAAGUAUCUCUCCAUUUCCAGUCAGCAUGGACAUUUAAUUAUUUCCUGCAAUACAAUGAGAAAUGUACCAUACUAUAUAUUUAGAGAGUGUCAAAGCGUAACACUUAGACUCAUUCUGACAACCUGUGCAAUUCAAUCACACCGGUAUGUAUGAAAACAUAAAAAAGACAGAGAUCAUGAAGUGGUUUCAGAUAGGUUUAUUUACAGGUUUAUUUAAAAAAAGAUUUAGCUGUCAUCCCAGCUGGAGAAAUAAAAAUUGUGUUGUAUUGGCUAGCUGCAACAGUUCUAAAACCAAGUGGUGCCCUAGAUAGAGUUAACAGCGUUUUAUUUUAAAAAGUAUGUAACCCCUGAAAGAAAAACAUAAGAUUAAUAGCCAAUAAUAGUACAAAUACCAUGAGCCUGACCCCAAACACACAAAGCAGAGAGAAACGACAGUCACAGAGAAAGAUAUUUACAUUUUUUUGUAAGAAGUUUACAUUAAGGUUCCCUCUUGUCCUCUUUAGAAAACACCUCAUUGCCGUAUAGAGGUGAUGUGCACCUCCUGUGACUCCUCACUGAUGGCUGACAGUCGAGUUCAACUUUAUGUUCGACUUAGAAGCCUCCGAGAGGUCUCUCUGAAAGAAAAAAAGGAAACAUUUUCAGCAUCUUUGCUUAUAUUGAAGGAUUCGAAAUGUCUUUAUGUGCAUUCACAGUGUUGUGGGAUGGGAAUAUAAUGCUUAUUAUAUAAACUUAUGUUCUGUAUGCAUUUAUCUUUUGAAAACAAAUCGAUUUCAAGAAAUAUGUUGGAAAAUAAACUGAUGCCUCAGCUACAAGUAAACUGUUUCAAGGAUUUACAGCAGGAAGUUCAACUUUUUUUUGGGUGUGAUUUCUAAAUAAUGUGUACUCGUUGGGAUGCAUGGAUUGUCUUUAUCAGUCUCCAAACAUUAUGCAGUCUUAGAUGUAAAUGUGGUUAACUUAUAGUUGCUGCAUUUGAUAAUAAGCUACAUGUAUUAGUUAAUGUACAUCCCAAAUUACAGGAUUUGUAUAUAAAAGAAGUAACUCGUCCCCUGACAUACAGUAGGGCAUUUUAAGGACUCGACAGUGAUGGCAGCGGUUAACUUCAUAGUACUGAUCUAGGAUAAAGCAGUCAUUUCCUUCACUAGAGUACUUAAGUGGAGUUUUGGUUUAACGGGUUAACUAGAUCGAUAUACAAAGGCAUAUACCGCAAAGUCGGAAUAGGAGCCAGCAAUGAUGGUGUUUUCUUGAAUAUCCUGAGACCUUAGUGUGCUUCCUGGAGUGUUUCUCAGAUGAGAGAUGUUUUCCUUGUUCCGGUCUAGGGCACGGGGAGUCUUUCCAUGUCCAGGGGUUCGCAGGCUGGGACCCUACAACAAGACAAGCUUCAAUGAGAAUGUGCUUUCUCGCCACCUCUUUCAUUUCAGUCAGUUUUAGACUUAAAGGACCAUACAGAGGCGAAACAGAACAGGUUUAGUAUAAAAUAAAAACGAUUGCGUCAACCAGUAUUCAGUACAACACUGCCAUAUCGAACCAUUCGAAAUGUAAAGGAGAGCAGUAUACAGGGGCUUACAUUAACAGCCUCCUCUUAAUAAAACUGGUCUCAUUUCUAGCCUAUUGCUCCUCUUCCUCCUUUCCAUCUACAUGUCACACGGUCUGCAGCACAUUGAAACGUAUUAUACUUAGUAAGGACAAAAGAUAAAAUAUGCCCCGACAUAUGGAAGUGAAACUAAGCGAGACAAUACGGCAGCCUGCUCAACUCCAUUAGAAUAAACCAACGGCUCAGAAGCAGAGUAUGAGACAGAGGUAAAUUAUCCAGCAGAGUCCAACAGGCUCUCUAAUACAUGGCGAAUCAGGUCAGUGAGGAGUCAGAGACGACAGUGGGCUUACCCUGCUGGCUGACAAAGGUGGUUUGGAGAUGGACAACUGGCACAUGGUUCCACCGAGGCCUGAACUAAGGAAGCUGUUAGGGGUGGACAUGGUCGAGGUGCCGUUGAGCUACAAGAAAGAACAAAGGGGGGGUCAAAUUUUUAGUCUAUUCAGUUGCUGAGGUAGGGUCAGUUGAUGCAGUAAAACCAAACUGCAGCCCCAUCUUACCUUUCGCACUUUUCCAGGCGUCAGAGUUCCUGCUAGCCGCCUUUUGGAUGGUGUUCUCAUUGCAGUUCCAUAUAACAUGUCCUCCUGUAUCUGUUUGGUUUUCUUCAUUUGCUAAUUUAAACAAAAAGAAAAAUAUAGUCAUAUAAACAGCCCUUUGAUAAAAAAAAAUUAAGAUUUGAUUUAGCUUUUUAUUUAUAUAUAUAUAAAUCAAAGUCUAAAACGCACCCUCUCCAGUUUUUCCUUCUCCUUUUCAGCCUGGUGCUGGUCCCACUGCUGCUGCACGUACUCAAGGAAUUUCUGUCCAUUGACCAGGAACUCCUUGCCAUGCUCCUGCUCCCAAGCAUCAAUUUGGGCUUUAAGACUUUUUUCCAGCUGAAACAAACAGGAAGCAGUUGUUUGAACUUGUUGGCAUGUAAUCACAUUUAGUAUUGCAGUUGACAUGUUCCUGCUUUUGAUCAUCAAGCAUGCCUUGCCCUGGCUCUCACACACGGGUACA